AUGGAAAAAUGGCAGCAAAAUUGGGAAAAAUCGGACAAAGGAAGAUGGACAAACAGACUGAUUCCAGAAAUUAAGGAGUGGUGCGAUUGGGGGCCCAGAUUGUUAAAUUUCCACCUGACCCAGGUGCUGACGGGCCACGGGAGCUUCGGCACCUUUCUGAAAAAGAUAGGCCGCCAAAGGAAAGCCCAAUGCUGGUUUUGCCCAGAACGAGAGGACAGCCCUGAGCACUUCUUAUUUGAGUGUAGCAGAUGGAGAAGUGAAAGGGCACAGCUGUCCUCCCUACUACACACGGAGUUCAAUAAAGAAAACUUCGUAAAGUUCCUCAGAGAAGAGGCUACUAGAAGCCUGGUAACAGCAUACAUAACCAGGACACUAAAAGAAAAGGAGGAUUUCGAGAGGAAAAGACAGAGGGCAUAA